CCGCGCCAUUUCAAGAGUGCGCGCUGCACGGAGAACAAGAAAGCCAUCGCUGGGUGAACACAUUUCGGUUGUUUAAUCGGUGUCGCCGAAUAAAUUAAACAUCAUUCUGGGAAUAUCUAAAGAAAAAUUACGGAGAUUCCCCCCCGUCGUCGAGCUCGGAGAUUUCCUUUGCUGUUGAAUGCGGAGCUGAGGUGAACGAUGACUCAGUUUCUGCCCCCGAACCUGCUGGCCCUGUUUGCCCCGCGGGAUCCCAUCCCGUUCCUGCCGCAGCUGGAGAAACUUCCCCACGAGAAGCAUCACAACCAGCCUUACUCCGGCAUCGCUCCUUUCAUCAAGCACUUCGAGGAUCCUCGAGAUGCUCCUCCACCAACAAGAGCUGAGACGCGAGAGGAGAGACUGGAAAGAAAGAGGCGCGAAAAGAUGGAGAGGAGGCAAACGGUCGUAGAAACCGAGCUGAAGUUGUGGGAUCCUCACAACGACCCGAACGCACAAGGGGACGCUUUCAAGACCUUAUUCGUGGCUCGGAUUAAUUACGAUACGACUGAGUCCAAACUGCGGCGUGAGUUUGAGGUCUACGGCCCCAUCAAACGAAUCUACAUCGUAUACAACAAGAGGACUGGAAAGCCACGCGGCUACGCUUUCAUCGAGUACGAACACGAGCGGGACAUGCAUUCGGCCUACAAGCAUGCUGACGGCAAAAAGAUUGACGGGCGCAGAGUUCUUGUUGACGUAGAGAGAGGCCGUACCGUGAAGGGAUGGCACCCUCGUCGGCUGGGUGGAGGUCUGGGUGGUACUAGGAGAGGUGGAGCAGAUGUUAACAUCAAACAUUCUGGUAGAGAUGACACCUCCCGCUAUGAUGACCGACCAAUUGGAAGCGAUAGGGAUCGUGAGCGCGGAGAACGGCGAGAGCGGAGUGAGCGGAGCGAGCGGAGCCGCGAACCCGACAGAGAAAAGGAGCGUGGCGAGCGGCGGCGAUCACGCUCACGGGAGAGGCGACGACGCACCCGAUCACGUGAGCGUGAAAGGGCACUUGGGGGAGGUGGGGAAGAGGGUGCCGGCCGGCGCAGGGAACGAGAGAGGGAGAGAGGUGGAGGUGGUGGUGGUGGUGGUGGAGGAGGAGGAGGAGGAGGAGGAGACGCAGACGCCAAGCCACGCGAAAGAAGCCGAGAGCGUGACCGGGACCGAGAACGCAAAAGAAGGAGCAGGAGCAGGGAGAGGAGGAGGGACAGGGAGCGAGGGAAGGGCGCAGAGGGAGGUGAAGAGGGCGCAGGCGGUCUGACUGACGGCAUGAUGGGAGAAGGAGGAGAGCGAGGGAUGGACGAGUCUGCCUUGGGUGAGCAGGGUCGAGGAGAUGAGGGAGGACCAGAGGGAGAAGAGCGAAGCAGAGAUAGAGACAGAGAGAGGGACAGGGACCGGGACAGGAAGCGUAGUCACCGAGAUAAAGAUAGAGACCGGGACAGAGAAAGGAGGCGGGACAGGGACCGAGACCGAGAUCGCGAGCACAAGCGAGACAGGGGUGAUCGCGAGCGUAGAGAGGAUCGACACGGCUCUCUACUUCCCUCUAUGGGUGAGAACGAAGGCUUGGGGAACGGAGAAGAAGGGGACAGCUCUCUCCCGCCGCAGACGGAGGAAGGUUCACAGGAUGGAAUGAAUGCGAUGAUGGACCAGGACUCCAUGCAGUCUGGAGAUGGCUAUGCUUCUAACGAAAACGGCUACAAGAUGGAGGCCCAGGGUGAUGAGUAUUAAACACUUUGGGUGCUGCAGAAGUGAAUGAAAAAAAAUGAUUAAAAAAAGAUAAAUUCCCUCCGACCGUUUCUAUCCAAGUGGUAAGGAGUUAGUCCGAGUGUCUGUUCAGUCAGCUUUCUCAGAGCAUGAUCUGUCCACCAUGAGCCGUAUCCUCUGGGUGGAAAUAGGAAUAACUGAACUGUGAUUGAUUUUAUAUAUAUAUAUUUUUUUUUUUUUUUUUUGUGCCACCAAAUAGUUUUGGCAAGGAUUAACUAAAAGUGGUGCAUUGAUGGACUCCUGUAUUAAUUUAACCCUUCAACUGUUGUGCUGUAUUCUUUUUGUAAGAACAUCACUGCAGUAUAAAAUCGUUAUGAUUACAGAGAGUCAUACAGAGUUCCAGAGUUGUCCGUUUUUCUUUAUUAAUCACUUUGAGGUAAGGUGUUUUUUGUUUUGUUUUUUUUUUGUUGUUUUUUUUAAUAAAGGUGGUUGAUUUUUGAAAGGUAUCUCAAGUGAAAUGUUUUCUGAAGCUUCAUCAUGUACAGCUCUGUUCUGAUUUUCCACUUUGUGGAUCAUAAUCAGUGGGGGGGGGGUUAAAUUUGUGCUUUUAGCUGAAAAUGUUGCCAUAGGUUCACAACAGGUUGCUCUUAUUCUUUUGUAAUUAGUCUUUUGUUUGAAAAGAGUAUAGAUACUUGGUGAACCACCUCUUCUAAGUGACAUUUGUGUUGGGGUUCUGUUUAGUGUAUCGGUUCUCUUUAAUAAAUGCGCUUUUUUUUUAAUGAAAACA